AAUCGUAACCGGUAGAUUCAGUGUAGUGUUCUGCUCUCUGUUUAUUUUGGUUUUCCACCGAUUUCAAAAGUUGUUGUUCCGCUACAUUUCUUGCGCAGAUUUUUGUAUUUCUGUUUUAAUAAAUCGUCAAUUUUUGUUGCUGAUUUGAAUUUUUUAAUUUAUAAUUUUACAGUUCAAUCUUAUAACAAAAUUUAAAUAAUUAAUUACAUAAUGGAGCAUCAUAUUCUUAAAGCAAGAUAUGGGAUAUGUGAUGAUAACUUAUCUUCACUUUCCCAGGAUGCUAAAGAUUAUGCAUUAAUGAAAGGAGUAUCACAGCGGACGUUAGAUUUGCCCAAAGAUUGUAGAGUUCCUCUUUCAUUUUGCUUACUUCCAUCCUUCUUUUCAGAAGUAUAUUUUAACAAAGUAUAUAGGCUUCAGACUUAUAUUAAUUCCAUAUUGCUUAAAGUAUCAUUUUCAAAGGAAAUCUUAAUGGAAUGCUUAUCAAACACAAUUGAAGCUGAUGAGUUUACUCACAACAUCUUUAAAAUCUAUGAGGCCGUUGAAAAUAAAGAACAAACAGUUAUGGGAAUAAUUCGAUCUGACUAUCUUUUGCAUGCUGACUCUGACGAAAAAGUUACUGGUAUCAAGCAGGUGGAAAACAAUACAAUUUCAGCUUCUUUUGGUGGUUUAGCACCAACAAUCAAAGAAUUACAUGAGUUCAUUUUAGAAAGGUUAGGUCAAAAGGGAUUUGAUCAUAAACUACCUUUGAAUGAGUCUUGCAAGGAUAUAGCGAAAGGCAUAGUUUCCGCUUGGGAUCAUUAUGAAUGCCAGAAUGCUAUUGUCUUGUUUGUAGUUGAGGACGAAACUUUAAAUAUAAGUGAUCAAAGAGGUCUUGAAUAUGCCAUCUUGGAUAUUGAAAAUAAAAUCGAAGUCAUGCGCUGUACAUUUAAAGAACUGAGGAAAGCGGCUUGUUUGAAGGAAAACAAACUAUACGUGGGCUUGGAACAUUAUAUGGAUAAGCAGCACUUUUGUAAAAGUGACAUUUCUUUACACCAAACUGUUGGUAAAAAUGUUGGUAUUGUUUCCAGACAGUUUAGAAAAGAUAAAGAAGUUGCUGUGGUAUACUAUAGAACUGGAUAUGUUCCUGAUCAAUAUGAAGCUGAGGAUUGGGAAAUUCGGCUUUUAAUGGAGCAAUCUCACGCCAUAAAAUGCCCUUCAGCUGGAUUACAUUUAGCUGGUACAAAGAAGGUUCAGGCAUAUUUAACUCGACCUGGAGUUUUAGAAAAGUAUGUCGAAUCAAAUAUAGCUGAUGAAAUUAGAGAAGUUUUUGCUAAUCAAUAUUCUCUAGAAAUGGGUUCAGAUGGAGAUGAAGCAAUUAAAAUGGCAAUUGAAAAUCCUGAAAAAUUUGUAUUGAAACCAGAAAGAGAGGGUGGAGGUAAUAAUCUAUAUGGAACUGAGAUAAAAGAAUUUCUAGAAAAUAUAAAAUCAUCUGAGGAAAGAAAUGCUUACAUUUUAAUGGAGCGAAUAAAUCCACCAUCUAUUCCUAAUUGUAUUAUUCAAAGAAACCAACCUCCAGAAAUCACAAAUGUGAUUGCAGAGUUAGGAAUUUUUGGAGUAGUAUUAGGUAAUAAGAAGAAUACCUAUGUCAAUGAAUUUGCGGGACAUCUUUUACGCAGCAAGAAAGCAGAUUCAGAUGAAUGUGGUAUAGCUGCUGGUUUUGGUGCAUUAGAUUCACCCUAUUUAGAUUAACUGUUAAUGCUAUUAACAAGCAAUGUUGCUACGGUCCAUGUAUUUAUGACAUAUUAAUAUUGAUGUACUAUUUUGUUAAUGUUUUUAUAUCAAUUCUAUCUGAUUUCAAUUAAAUGAACAAUAAAAUAUUUAAACUAAUAAUUAUUUUAAGAAACACAAUUUAUUCGAUAUAGGUGGUUGUAAUUAAUUGAAUAUUUAUUACACAGUUUUUUAGAAAAGGUUGCAGUUAAAUGGCGCUUUUUUAUUUUAUUUAUAUCAUUAUUGUAUUGGUGAAUGUCCAAAAUUAAAUUAUCGACAUAAGGGAAAAAUAGUUAUAUUUAACAACCAUUUUAUUCAACGUUCACUAUCAGGUCAUAUUGAAUCUUAUAUGUAGAUUUCAGUUAUAAAAUGUCAUAAUAAUUUGUUUUAUCAGUGAAUGUUGCUGCAAAUUAUUAUGCUAUUUCGUGACUUGUCUUCAGUCAGUGAAUGUUGAACUUCACAUCAUCGAUUUUUGAAUGUCUACAACUUAGUCAUCGAUGUUUACAGGUGUAAGUGCAAGAUAAUUAUGUUUUACAAAACAUUUUAUUCAUUAUCCACUAUCAUAUCAUGCUAAAUAAUGACAUGUGCUGGUGUAAAAGAGUAGUAUUUAGAAAUUUUUAUAAACAUUUUCAAGCUUUCACGUAAGCGACUGUGGGAAGAAUGACAUUCAUUAAUUUUGAUCUGUCACAUAGAUUGGACUAGAACUGGUAGUUUUAUUAAGGUAUGGACGUUGACAUCUUUCAUAGUAACAUACACCGGGAGAUUCAAAAUAAUGUGUCCAAAAUGAAA